UCUGUAUACUUAUGGUUUUGCCUGGGAGAGCAGCAACUCUUCCAGAAGAAACUCAAUGCCUGUAUGAGUUCUUAGUUUGGCUUGACUAAGGAAAUUUAACCAGAACACCUAAAUAUCCUGACCCAGAAGAAGUCCAUCUUCUUGAAAAUAGCAUGAAGGAUUCAGGGGUAGUAAUGGGUAGAGGAAGGAUAAUCUUAUAGUUAAAGCAUGGGACUGGGAAUCAGGAUAUGUAUUUUUUCUUUUCUGUUUAUGCAGCCUUUCUGAAUGAUCUUGGACCAGCUGCCUAUGCCUCAGUUUAUUUAACUGUGUUUUUUUCUAAAUAGGUGUAAUAAUACAGGUUAUUGUAGAUUUUGUUAAUGCUUGGGAAGUGACUGAGAUACUCUGUUAGAAAAACCUAUGGACCAAAUCAUGACCUGAGAUUGAUGCCUUGUUUUCCCUGUCUGAGCUAUCCCACCAUGGAUUCACACCACAGUAGGGACUGAAGCUUCAAUAGGCAGCUCCUUUCCUCCAAGUCAUGUGGAUACACAUGGAUGGGAAGAAGGUGGAGCCUUGAUUACUCUCUGCUACCCAUUUUGAAUAUGUUAGGAUAAAUUCAUGAUCUUGUGCUAAGAUGCAAAAUAUUCUUAUAUGGAAUGAAAUCAGAAAAAAAAAUUAAAAGAGAAACAUGAGGUCUGAGUGUUAAACCAAAGGUGACAGAAUAAGUCUAUAGCAGAUGAGCUCUGUAGCCUCUGUACUAAAAUUUGCUGUGUUCAUUCAAGUGUUCUGUUUAUCAGGACAGCAGCGGAAACCCUGUCAGGAUAGUGGGAAAUCUAUAUUUAGGUACUAAAUAUUAAUAAAAUAUAAAACAAAAUAACAGACUAUAUUUUCUGAGUCCAAUAUCAAAAUAAGAAUGAUAAGAUGAGGAACAAUCAUACAGCCUGUUAAAAGCAAUAGAAAGAUUCCCAAUGAUUGGUUCUUAAACCAGGCCCUAAAUAAGCAUUUGUAGUGAUGUGUUUUCCAGUUCUGUGGCUGUCUGCUUUUAAAUUGCUACUUGUGUCAUUUUUUUCAUAAAGCUAAGACCUACUUUACUUUCAAUUUUUUUGUUUGCUAUUUUUAAAGAGAAAAAAAUAUAAUUUGGACAUCGUCAUAAGCAUCUGUUUAAAAUUUACUUCCUUUAAAAGACAUUUAUUAGAAAUGUUUAUGAAAACCACUUAGCAUAGGAGGGAAGCCAUAAAUCCAGUUUUUGUUGGGACCAUCCUGUUCUAAACACCUGUCCCAGGUGUCCCAUUAGUUUUGUCAAAUGACUGCAUUUGUCCUUUUUUCAGUGGGAUGCCCCGAACUGGAGUUUAAAUGGGACCACACCCCCUCCCCUGCUCUUGAAUGUACUUAGCUAAGAGUGAGGCUCAGAGACAGCUGAUUGUGUCAGAAAGCAGGGUAUCCCAUUUUGAAACUAGGGAAAUAUGAUUACCUUAUUUAGAAAUUAUAGUAGAAUCCAUUGGAAAACAAUAAUACUUUCUCUUUAAAUUGGUUACUAUAUUAUAAGCUUUCCAAGGUGAAAUGUUUUUGUCCUGUGACUAAUAUUCUGCAUGUGCUAUAAGAAUGAAGAUAAUAAUUUUGGCAUCAGCUGAACUGUUUUUUUUAAAUUGGUAUAUCAAACAAAAAAAAGUUUCAAAUUGAUUUCCUUAAAAAACUAAUCUGCUUUUGUGUUUGAACUUUUAAAUUAGAAAAGGGAAAAUAAUACUAAUUGCAGAUCAACAACCCAAUUCAACAGCCUGAAAUUUAUUAAGAACUAUGAGCUGCAACAAGAUAGCUAAAAAAUAAGGUACCUGAUCCUGUUCAAUCUACCAAUGUAAGCAAGACUCGACACAAGUUCAAAAAUAGGAUUUUUUGUAUUUAAAAGAAUUACUGGCAUAUAAUAAAACAGCCCGUGUGAACACAGCCUUUAUCUUCCCUAACAAGGCUCUGCUUUUAUAAUGAUUUGAGAAAAUAUUUUUAUUCAGUCCUUAUUCAAGGCAGGCACAGUUCUUUGGGUAGAUGCAGUAUCUUUUAUUAGACUAACUUUAUGAGACCAAUAUUAGUCCUUAUUCAAGCAAAUCUCUCAUUGCUUUCAUUGUGGGUUUCACUUGUGCCAGGAUGCAGGAUACUCCACUGAAAGCAAUCCAUAUUCACAGUGUGUUGACAUUUAUGUAGUUAUACUAAAGGGCAAUUGGUACUGUUUAAUAAGAAAAGAAGUUGGUGACUGCAUAAGCUCAUGACUUUAGAGUUGUGUUUACUGCAGAGGUUUUACAGGUGAAAGUUCAUAUUAAGUUUAGCUGCUGAUCUCCUUCCAAACAUGGCUGAUGUGUAUUAAGAACAAGCCCUGCUAGUAGGACAGAUUUUUAUUUUUAUAGUAAAAGAAAUGAGUAAGAUUUAUACUUACACUUUCCUGGAAGUGCCAUGGGGAGAUGGAGAUCUAGGUUCUUGGGCAGAUCGUUCACCACUGCAUGAGGCAGCCAGUCAAGGACGUCUCCUCUCUCUAAAGACUUUACUGUCACAGGGCUACAAUGUAGAUAUUCUGACAAUUGACCAAGUCACUCCACUGCAUGAGGCCUGCCUAGGGGAUCAUGUAGGCUGUGCAAGAAUUCUUCUUGAAGCAGGAGCAAAUGUAAAUGCUACAACGAUUGAUGGAGUGACACCCUUAUUUAAUGCAUGCUCAAGAGGCAGUGCAUCUUGUGCAGAGCUUUUGUUGGAGUAUGGUGCCAAAGCACAGUGGGAGUCAUGUCUCCCAUCACCAAUUCACGAAGCAGCCAGUAGAGGUCAUAGUGAAUGCCUGGAGGUGUUGAUAUCUUGGGGUAUAGAUGUUGACCAAGAACUACCUCAUUUGGGAACACCUCUGUAUGUAGCUUGUGUUUCACAGCAGAUCCAUUGUAUUCGAAAGCUUCUUUAUGCAGGUGCUAAUGUACAGAAAGGAAAGCAUUUGGAUACUCCACUACAUGCAGCUGCUCAACAACCCAGUGCAGAGAUAGUGAACUUACUUCUUGAAUUUGGUGCAGACAUUAAUGCCAGGAACACAGAUUUUGAAAGGCCUAUAGAUUUAGCUCCUCCAAGAAGUUUGGUGGAGAGAACGUUGCUUCUCUACGAAGCUACUCCAUGUUCCCUUUGCCAGCUCUGCCGACUGUGCAUCAGAAAUUACAUAGGAAGAACUAGACUGCAUCUGGUUCCUCAACUUCAGUUGCCAACAAUACUGAAGAAUUUCUUGCAGUAUAGAUAAAGUAGCAAUUCACUUUUAGAGAUCAAAUAAUAAGUCUGUUUUUGUCUGUAUACUGUAUGUUUCACAUGAAGAACUUCUGGGCAAAAGACAGCCUUUACAUAUUCAUUUAAUAAGUCUUUGACACCAGGAGUUGCAACAUAACUCUUUGGAGCCAUUCAGUAACUUGGUGCCAAGGUGCUAAUACCACUGAGUAAAAUGGUGUGUGCUAAUACUCUGGGAAAUGAUUGUAUAGACAGCUUCAGCUUAACACUUACUAAUUAACUGUACACUUACUAAUUAACUGUAGUGCUAUUAAGGCUAACUUUAAUCGUAUUUAUACUUUAUAACUGCUUGAUAUACCUGAAACAAGAGUUUAUCAAGAGUAUUGUUGAGUUUGUCAGUUUGGUUUUAUUAUUUUAAGUGUUUCUAAAUUUCUGUUAUUUUUAUGCCUAGAAAUACAUGGAGAUAGGCAAGCUCUAUAAGUUGAAAAAAUAAAAUAAACAAACCUUAAUAUUUC